GACUUUCUGGUAAGCAUUUCCUAGCACCUACCAGUUCAACACGCUGAGCAAUUUUCUCACGCAAAGAAACAAGUGUCAUCACAGCAUCACAAAGAGUAGAAGCUUAGAUUUGAUUUACCAGAGGAAGAUCCAUGGCCGAAAUAAUAGGAUCUGCAGUUGCAAGCGAGUCUGUAAGCAGGAUUUUCGCUAUCCUAUCGGGUAACACUAGAGACCAUGGGAGCCCAGAAGACAACGCUGAGAGAUUGGAGUUUGCAGUGCUGAAGAUCCACAGCGUUGUUGCCGUCUCUGAAGAUUGGCUGAUACUCCACCAGCCAUUGAUCGACUGGAGGGCGAGAUUAAAGCGUGCAGCCAAGGAAGGCGAUGACAUCUUGCGCGCUCACAGAAGGAGAUCCACGGAGCACAGGCAGAACGAUGGAGCUGCAAGGCAACAGGCUGAUUCUGUUCGUAAGCGGAUCACCCGAGCGGCGACGCGCUUCUUGCCUUUUCGCCGCGGGAAGGAGGAAGACGGUCCGAGCGACGCGACGGUGCGGAGGUUCGAGAGGCUGGCACACGUCGCCGAUGAGUUCUUCCGGUACGUCCAGUUUGGAGGCCGUCCGAGGAGCCUGAUGGUGUCCUUCAAAGUUCCCGUGGAGCCACUGAUUGCAGGAAAGACACUUGAGUUCUCCCAUCGGAUGGGCACCCGGGAUACCAUCCUCUUGCUUCAUCCAUGCGAUGGCGAAACCGGCGGGCCGAAGGAGAUUGUUCUGUUCCUCUCCUACGACGACACUACGGUGUGGGAGAAGAAUGUGAAACUCUUUGUGGUGUUCCAGCUGUUUGAGAACAUCGACAUCUUGGACAUCAUCAUGUCUGCCUUGCAGCUCUUGCCUCCCCAAUUUGUUGCUGCCUCUGUGACCACAAGGGAUUUAGUCAAAGAGGUGCUACCACCGCAGGAAACGAGCUAUUUCGAAGCAUCGUCUGUGCCAAGGCGGUGCGCCUCCAUGGCAUGGAGGUGUCACCGUGAUUCCACGGACAGGGGAUUUGCUGCUGGUGACGGUAUGCGGCUGCCGUUGCCUAUAGUUCGAGUCGACGCCGUGUACUUCACCAUGCCGCAGAAGGACUCGUCAGACACAUCUGCGCCUCUCAGAUUGGUAUGUCAUAUCACUCCCUACCUUGUGCCAGAGAGGUGCUCCGAGCAUUACGAGCAGAUCGGGCAAGAAAGGCUACAAGAGCUAGAGUUGUUUCCAGAAGUGACGACCCAAGGAACGCCUGCAUGCACAGGGAACUGGUGGUGUCCUCGUGUAUCCACGUUUUUGUCGGUGGAACCAGAGCUUUCGGUGCAGCCGCCGAAGCUGGAGCAGUUGUUCCUGAUGGAGAACUCUUGUUGAGCGGUGUAGUUCUCGCAGCAGUAGCAGAAGCAAUGUGCGGUAUAUUUCCCGAUCUUAUAUGUACAGUAAGUUAAUCCUUUUAGGCCUGUUAUUACUCAAUUGAAUCAUGGAUGCUA